AUGUGGCUCCGCUCCAGAAAAUGUGGUGGGUCGCUUGGGGAAAUAGGAGACGGCGGGCGCCAAUAUGGGCAAUCAACGUCAGUGCGGGCGCGCUCGGCACCUGCUGAGCGGCGGAGUAAAAGCGUGGGAGUGUCCGAUGUGGAGAAACGGCUGUGUAUUGUAAAGCGCAACCGCAUGCGACAUAUAUACGAUGGAACAGAAGGCAACGAUGAGGACGUCACACAAAUGUCGCCGCCGACGCCGCCACUCCCACCGGCCAUCGCUCCACCAUGCCCCGCAUACCCCACAUUUGACCUUGUGCGCACCCCUAAACACGAGCAACAUCUUAUAGAAGCGCUUGUAGCUGAGUUGACAGAUGUAAUUGUCUUCCCCAGUGCUGUUCUAGGGGGGAAGUAA